AGAUAGCCAAAGUAGAGGAAAAUUGACGCGAUUUAUUCUGCCAUGCCAAAGCAGCCUCCAGUGUCAAGGUAUGGUUCUGGAAGGAGAAUCUGCUGGGCGGACCCUCAUGCCUUGCAGAACCUUUGCCUUCUGACCAUGGAGGAUCGAAGAACCGGCUCUCGGAAGAGGACUGGCUUGCCGCCCUACAUCUAUAGUGAUGUGAUAGCGCCCUUCCUGCAGUUUAAUAGUCCAAUGCCUGGGCAACUCUAUGCGAUUGGGGGCCGAUGCAACAUCUCCCAGGAGCCCUUGAACACGGUAGAGAUGUUUGACACCUGGCAUGGGCGUUGGAUACAAUGUCCACCAAUGCAGGAGAGACGUGCCGGUUGUGGUGCGAGCUGCCUGCCGGGAGGAUCAAUCCUGGUGGCGGGGGGGUACGAUGAGAGGGGCAUCAUCUCUGGAGUCUUAGACUCUUGCGAGAUCUUUGAUCCGGCCAAGCAAGAGUGGCGCAUGGGCAAAGCGCGAUUGCAAAAGGCCCGCUGGGGCCAUGGUUGCGCCUUUCUUGCAGGACGAGUCUUUUGUGUUGGUGGUUGUACCCCGGAUGACUCCUCUUUGGAGGACCACAUGGAGACUCUUCGAAACUGCGAAUCUUACGACCCAAGGACCGAGAAAUGGCAUUCGUUUCCUGCCCUGAGAAUCGCUCGGGCUGGAGCGCGCGUGGUGGCCGUGGAUGAAAGACACUUAGCCGCUGUGGGUGGCUGUGAAGAUGUGUUUGGUCAUGCUCAAAUGCUGGACACCGUUGAGCUGGUGAAUGUUCAUCAGGGCAGCUGGGUGCUCUUGAACUCUCAGUUGAGGGUGCCUCGCACCACUGCAGCGGUGGCUGCACUUGAUGAUAACUUUGUUUUCGUGAUGGGCGGGGCGCCAGCCCUUUGCUCUGCGGAGCUGUUCUCCGUGUUUGGUAAAUCUCCAAAUGAAGGCCGUGACAUCGAUACCCGUCAUGUGGUGAGCUUGACCGAAGGAAGGAUGGGCUGCCAGGCAGCUUGCCUCCACUUGCCAUCUCCUGGGAAGACCUUUCCAGUGUGUGACAGACAGUGCGUGCUGGUUGUGGGUGGUGAAGACGGGACCGAUGAUGAGCCCGAACGCAUCACUCGGCAGUUUGCCACCGUACUGGUCUACGACGUGGCUGACUGGCGAUGGUCGAAGGAGGGACGUGUUCCUGACCUCCCAACGCCGCGGACGGCCAUGUCUCUUUGUGUGGCACCCGGACUGGUCGAUGGAACCACUCGAGCUUUAUGGCAGUUCAAGAAAACCAUGGGGAAGAGAAGCAUGAGAAGCCUAGACUCAAACUCGCUUCGCCUCAAGCCAAACAAGAAUAUGGAUCCAGUCCAGACAUUGGCAGGAUUUGCAUGUCCCCGUUGGCUGGCAAAUCUAUCGAAUUGCUCCGCCAAGCCCAUUGGGGUUUUGUCCAGACGAAGCAUUUUUUGACUUGCUGGCAUGUGCAUGCCAUCUUGGGUUGUCUGUGGGAGCACGCUG